GUUCCCCCGCUCUGGGCCCGGCCUUUCCCGCCGCUAGGGCUCCUAACCGACAUUCUCGUUUGCGUGCAGCCCCCGCCACCAGCCCCCCGCCGCCAUGGCCGACGAACUCGACUUCACCACGGGCGAUGCCGGCGCCUCCUUCACCUACCCCAUGCAGUGCUCCGCGCUGCGGAAGAACGGCUUCGUGGUGCUCAAGGGGCGCCCCUGCAAGAUCGUGGAGAUGUCCACCUCCAAGACGGGCAAGCACGGCCACGCCAAGGUCCACUUGGUUGGUAUUGAUAUCUUCACUGGUAAAAAAUAUGAAGAUAUUUGCCCAUCGACUCAUAACAUGGAUGUUCCAAAUAUCAAGAGGAAUGAUUACCAACUGAUAGGUAUUCAGGAUGGGUAUCUCUCCCUGCUGACAGAAAGUGGUGAAGUUCGUGAGGAUCUAAAGUUGCCAGAAGGAGAUCUCGGCAAAGAAAUAGAAGUAAAAUUCAAUGCCAAUGAAGAUGUGCAGAUAUCCGUCAUAAGUGCAAUGAAUGAAGAAUGUGCUGUAGCCAUAAAGCCUUGCAAAUAAAGAGGAUCGCCAGGCUCGGGCAGCUGCUCAGGUCUGGACAAACCACAGAUCUAUAAAUUUGGUUCUUAUUGUCACCAAAGCUCUGGCCUUCACAAGCAACCUCAUUUCUUUUUUGAAUUGUUAAAAAGCAGUGCUGGAUUCUGGAUUAGUGUUGCAGGCUAACUGGCAGUUUUCAAAAUCACUGAGAUUUUAAUUCCUUAAUUGUAGCUAUUUUAACAUUCCUGUGGGUUUCAGCUAUGGAUCUAAGAAACCAAUCAGGUGUUACUAGUGGAUAUAUUUUUAUUUGCUUGAGCAAAACAGUGUUUGUCUGUAUGAACAGACAAAAUACAGUAUUCAGGGGCUUUUAGAGAAGCUGGUAGGUAUCUAGGAUUAUAAAGUGACCUAGAGCACAAAUAGUAUUUUUCUUGACAUGUUUAGGUAGAACUGACAAUAAAAGUAGCAAUUUUUUUUUUAAAGCUUAAGUAUUUUGUGGAUUGGGACUCUUGCAGAACUGUAGGUGCCAAUCGCAACUUUUAGACCAAGAAACUCAAGUGAUCAAAAAUGCCAGCUGGCUUGACCAAGCCCCAGUGGCCAUGUGCAACUUAACUGUAUUACCUCUCUAUUCUUCUUUGCCAACUUGUUGGCUUAUUGUAAUGAUAAAAUGGUGUCAAAGCCUACCUGUGGUUUAGGCAGGCAGUUGGAAUAUUGGGUAGAUAAGACAUAGAUAGGUCAAGGGGACACAAAGGUGAGAAUGGAUGUUGAAGCUAUAGACUUUCACUCGAGGCCUUUGUCAGACUUGAAAAAUAAAAUAGAAAAAUGCAGUUCAA